CUCAUUUUUAUUCUACUAUUCUUAUUUGAUUUUUAAAAAUCCUUUUUUAGCUGUUUGAGGAGGAAUGUUUGGACAUGCCACCAAUUCUUAUUUCUCUUUGAGACUUUGUAUUAGAGGCAUUUUGACCUUGUCUCCUGAAUUUGUCUUUUGACUUUCCUUUCUAGUUUCAAUUUCUAUUGUCAAGGUUUUUUUUGAUUUGUUGUGGCAAAUGGCACUAAUCCAAACUUUUUACUCUUGGGCCAGGAGCUUGGCCACUGACUAGCAGCAUAUGCAGAGCCACAAGGGCUGUCUCCUUGGCAGUUGUGCCAAGGGCCCUGGAACUGGCUGUUUACUUGCUGUGCCAGGGGGGUCUCAGUUAUUGAUCUGUGUGCUCCCCUUUUACUCAAGUGAGACAGAUCUUUUUCACACCCCUUCUAAGUUAUCUAAACCUGGCAAAUUAUUUCUCCCCAUUAUUUUGUAGGUUCUAUCACUCCAGAAUCUUAAUUGAAAGUUAUUUCAUAGGAAACUGGAGAGAGUUCAGGCAAUAUCCUGCCUUUUUUCUCCCAUGUUGACUCCACCAUUUCUAUUUUUCACUCCUUUCAGCCUCCCUCCACCUGUUGUUUGGGGUCUCUGCCCUAAGGGCAGGGCCAAGGACUUAGUAAUUCCCCUAGAAGCUCACACUCUCUAAAUUCAUGUAGGCUACCCCAUGUCCAGGAAAAAAAUAGAAAGACAUCUGUUCUAUUGUAAGCCCCCUACCCCCACCCCCAACAGCCUGCGGAAAACUAAGUCCCGGUCCAAGCAGGGAGCCUGAAGCCAGAGGGAAUUACUCCUGAGAGUCACAAACCCCUACCCAAGAUUAGUGUAUUCUGCCCACAGAUGUGGCCUCAGCUGAAGAGGCCAUUUCCACAGAUCGGGAAGAUAGUUUGUGAGGCUGGCCAUCUCUCUUAUGUUCGAUCCUUACUUUACAAAAAUAGGCAGGAAAGUGAAUAUAGUAAUAACAACAUUGUCUCCUCUAUCCUAUGUUUUGAAGUCAUUCAUUUUCCCUUUGGCAUCUUCAGCACUAUCCCCUUUUUCCAAUUGCUGCCCCCAAAUGUUUGUUUAAAUUCUCCCUCAUUACAAAUGACUGACAAGGAUGACCACUUCACUUAUGUGUCUAUCUUGUAGGUAUCAUGUCUUUGCUUUAGUCCAGUACCAUCUCCUCACUACACACACACACACACACACACACACACAAUCUAAACACUCCCUGUGUCCUGUGGCCAAGCUCUCACUUGUAGUAACUGAAGGUCCCAGAAACCCUUGACCCUGAGUGUUAUCUGGAGCAGAAUUCUGGAAGCUUCCCCAGCUCUUGUCCUCUCCCUGGCUGGUAGCAGAGCAGAAAUUGCUCUCCUGUAGCUGCUCAGCUCCUGCUGCCUGAGGCCACGCAGAUAUCCCCAAAUCUCUCUGAAUCCCUUCUCUUUACCAUUUUUGUGUGGUUAGUAUUAUUACUUUAACCUUAAAUAAAAAAUAAGAGAAGAAAAAAAUUUUGGGGUAACCAGCAAAACAUAAAAGCAGAUUCAAUAUAAAACAAACCUGUAUAAUAAAUGCUACACAUGGUUCAGAAGUUGUCCAGCAUUUCUUUACUUUGUGGUAGGUUUUCUGUUGUUCCAUUUUAUUUUCUUCACCUCUUGAGUCCCCUCCAUACCCCUAAAGCUGCAAUUAGAUACUUCUAGAAUCAUUUACUUAAACAAUGCUCAUCCCAAGCGUUUCUUUCCCUUUACCAUUUCUUAGGUCAAAGCAACAGGCAUUUAGAAAGGGAAGAGGCUUUCUGUAUAUAUAUAGGAGAUGCAAAGAAAGAAAAACCAGUCCCUGCCCUCAAGAAGUUUCCAUUCCAACAUGGAAGACAACAUGUCAGCAGCUGUGUCCACACUAGCGGUGUACAGUGUAGAUGGGAGGCCUUUGCAUGACUGUGCUUCCAAGUGUUCUCAUAGAGGAUGUGACCUUUGAGUAAAGCCUUUCUCUCUGCUUCAGUUUGUUUUUGUAAAGUGAUGACCAUUAGGCCAGAUCCAUUAAGAAGUGUGUGAUUCUGAAAUUUGGAACGCAAACUCUUACAAAAAUGAAUGUUGAAAAUGAGCUGUACUUGCAUUUGGAAAAAUAAAAUACUCUUGGGGGAGGAAGGAUAGUGGUUUCAUCUGCAUAAGAUUUAAUUUCUGGCUUUUGGAAAAUUCACAAGAUCUUUUUUUCUACUCAGAGAUCAUGGAAAACUUAUUGGCUUCACAUAUAGCACUAAUUUCAUCUCUAAAAAUACGCAUCUCUCUCUCUCUCUAAUAGAACCCAUAACUUUUCUGAUUCCAGAGAUAGUCCCAUUUCAUAAUAAGACAUUUCUCAGUUUUAUUCCACCUAAAAAUAUAAAAUGUGUUUCUCUAUAUUCCACUGGUGUUUGGGGGACUUUGGCUCUGAAUUCAGGGCUGUCCCCAUUGGGCAGAUCUCUCCUCCAUGCUUCAGGUCCCUUCUGUAAAUUGAGGAGCGUUGGAUUAGGUCAGUUAUGAAGCGAGCUUCAACUCUUAUGUCCUCUGGGUGUUAGUGUUUUAGGAGUUUGUGACAUUGUGAGUGUGGACUUCAGCCUGGAGGAGUGAGGUCUGUUGGAUCUGGAUGAGAAAGAGCUGCACAAGGAGGUCAUGCUGGAGAAUGCUGAGAACUUGCUCUCCCUGGGACUUCCAGUUCCCAGAGAAGAUUUCUUCUCCCAUGUGGAGAGAGGAGGCCUAAGGAACUCCUGUCCUGAUAUGGAGACACCGUUUGGUAUGAAGGAGAUGAGUGCAAAUCUGAAAAUGAUCUCAUGGAAAGAUCUUUUUCAAUAUCGUGAAUACAGGACUGCUUUUGCCAACCACAAAAGAAACCACACUGGAGAAGAACAUUGUGAAUGGAAUACACGCAAAAGAGUUUUAAGAAAGACUUCCAGCAUUGGUAAAGAUAAGAAUAUACCUCCUGAAGAGAAAACACCUGAGUGUCAUGAAUGUAAUAAAGCUUUUCUUGCACUCUCUUCCCUUGUCAAGCACCAGAGAAUCCAUGUUGGAGAGAAACCUCAUGAAUGUAAGAAACAUGGAAAGACUUCUAGAGAGCAAUCUGCUCCUGCUGAACAGGAGAGAAUUCACACAGAAAAACAAUCUUACAUAUGUAAUCAAUGUGGAAAGGAUUUCCAAUGUUAUUCCAAAUUGGCUCAACAUCAGAGAAUCCACACUGAAGAGAAACCUUUCGAAUGUAAUGAAUGUGGAAAGACUUUUGUAUGCAAUUACAGUCUUCAUGAACAUCAGAGAAUCCACACUGGAGAAAAGCCUUAUGAAUGUAAUGACUGUGGAAAGACUUUCAUAUAUCGCUCUAGUCUUGCUGAUCAUCAGAGAAUCCACACUGGAGAGAAGCUUUAUGAAUGUAAUGAAUGUGGAAAGACUUUCAUAUAUCGCUCCCAUCUUGCUGUCCAUCAGAGAAUCCACACUGGAGAGAAGCCUUACGAAUGUAAUGAAUGUGGAAAAACUUUUGUAUGCAGUUACAGUCUUCAUGAACAUCAGAGAAUCCACACUGGAGAGAAGCCUUAUGAAUGUAAUGAAUGUGGAAAGACUUUCAUAUAUCGCUCUAGUCUUGCUGAUCAUCAGAGAAUCCACACUGGAGAGAAACUUUAUGAAUGUAAUGAAUGUGGAAAGACUUUCAUAUAUCGCUCCCAUCUUGCUGACCAUCAGAGAUUCCACACUGGAGAAAAGCCUUAUAAAUGUAAUGAAUGUGGAAAGGCUUUUGUACGUAGUUACAGUCUUCAUGAACAUCAGAGAAUCCACACUGGAGAGAAGCCUUAUGAAUGUAAUGAAUGUGGAAAAACUUUCAAAUACAAAAAUAGUCUAGUAAGCCAUCGUAGAAUCCACACUGGAGAGAAUCCUUAUGAAUGUAGUGAAUGUGGAAAGACUUUCAAAUAUACAAACAGUCUCGCAAAACAUCAGAGAAUUCACACUGGAGAGAAGCCUUAUAAAUGUAAUGAAUGUGGAAAGGCUUUCACACAGUGUUCCAGUCUUGCUGUUCAUUGGAGAAUCCACACUGGAGAGAAGCCUUAUGAAUGUAACAAAUGUGGAAAGACUUUCACAUCUCACUCCAGUCUUGCUGUCCACCAGAGAAUUCACACCGGAGAGAAGCCUUAUGAAUGUAAUGAAUGUGGAAAGGCUUUCACAAAGCGCUCCUAUCUUGAUGCACAUCAGAGAAUGCACAAUGGAGAGAAGCCUUAUGAAUGUAAUGAAUGUGGAAAGGCUUUCACAAAUUGCUCCAGUCUUGCUGUCCAUCAGAGGAUUCACAGUGGAGAGAAGCCUUAUGAAUGUAAUCAAUGUGGAAAAGCUUUCACAAAGCGCUCCUAUCUUGAUGCACAUCAGAGAAUGCACAAUGGAGAGAAGCCUUAUGAAUGCAACAAAUGUGGAAAGAUUUUCACAUCUCACUCCAGUCUUGCUGUCCAUCAGAAAAUCCACACUGGAGAGAAACCUUAUAAAUGUAAUGAAUGUGGAAAGGCUUUCAUAGAUGGCUCUAAUCUUGCUAAACAUCAGAGAAUUCAUUCUGGAGAGAAGCCUUAUGAAUGUAAUGAAUGUGGAAAGGCUUUCACAAGGCGCUCUUAUCUUGAUGCACAUCAGAGAAUGCACAAUGGAGAGAAGCCUUCUGAAUAUAGUGGCUGUGGAAAGACCUUCACAGGGCGCCACAAUCUUGGUAAACAUGAGAAAAUCCACAUUGGACAGAAACCGUCAGACAAAGCUCAAAUUUUGCUUAACAACAGAGAGUGCACAUUAGAGGAAAACUUUUCAGUGUCUGGAUCAUGAUAAAGUUUUUAAUAUAGGUUAGUCUGAGUAGACAUGGGAGAUCUUAUGCUAGAUGUAAAAUCUCAUUGAUAAUAUCCAUGUGGAAAAACAUUCAGGCUCACUUCAUCCUUGAAUUGCCUCUAGAAAAUUCCUAGAAGAUGGAAAUCACGGAUAAUGACAUAAAGAUGGAGGAUAGAGCUUGUCAUUCAUCAGGGAUUUUCUGCUUGGGAACAAAUCUUCUAUGGACUUGACACAGGAAGGUCUUUAGUCCAGGUUCAUCUCUGAGGAUACGGAGUGGAGAGAAGACUUAGUAAUAUGCUGAAGGAAGACAUGCCCUUACCUGGAAUAUAAAGGUCAAUAUAAACCAUAAUAUUCAUACUCAAAAGAAGCAUUAUAUAAAAUGUACUUCCAGAAAGGCUUUCACCUGGAUUUCAUCUUUUGCGUAGAAAUCUUGCUGCAGAUGAAACAUGUCAAUAUAAUGAAUGAGGGAAGCCCUCUUCCUACAGCACAGAUCUCAUUAGACAUUGGAGUUUUAUUCUGUGUAUAAACUCUGAAAAUAGAUUGAGUUUUUCUCUGAAAUCCCAAGAUUUGUGUCCAGAGAAGAGUCUGUCUAAUGGGUGAAAACAAUUGGUUUAAUCUCCUUUCUCAAUCAGUAAUGAUUAAGAGAUUUUAUCUGAUUUUAAAUUGUUUUUAUUACUUAAUUUUCCCCUUCAUUCUCUUAUUUAUUCCCAAAUUCUUUGGCUUUCCAUCUGUGUGACAUCAUGUGUUCCAUGUUCUAAUUUUCUUUUAAAAUAUCUAUAAAUGUGGCCUAGGUCUCCAUUUUGACCUUAUCUUGUUACCUUGUGUUGGAUGGGUUUGAAGAGAAGUGAGGCCUCUUCAGAAAUCUGACCCCCACAAGAGUGCCAUAGUUUAGGGCUACAGGGGUAAGGCAUAUAAGUCCAAUGCAAUCUUUUUUCAUCCUGUAGGCAACUGUGAUAGACAUCAUUGGCAGGAGACGGGUCAAUGUCCUAUCCCCCUUCUCCGUUGGGGUCUUGCUUUCAUCUUCCUGUUGUUCUUUCUUUUGGAGGGUUUCCCUGGAUACCCAGGGCCUUAUCUUCAUGGCUUAUUUGUUGACACAUGCAGAUGUUUCUCUCUGGGACCUAGACCAGUUCUGCAUUUUUUGGAAAAGCGCAAGCACAAUCUCAACCCUACAUUAGUAAUUUGGCUGGACCAGACCAAUGACCCUGCCUAUUCCUCCUUUUGUCUGUUUGAUAAGGAGGAUUUUAAUAUCUUCAUUGUCUCUUAUAGCAAUAUUACAUCAAGAAGAUAUCCAAAACGUGGAUCAGGAGUCAAAUCCAUCUGCCAUGUGUCCAGUGGAUGAAGGCCUCUCAGAUGGUGGACUAUUAACUUGAUUUAGUAGACAAUAAUACUUUAAUUCAAAAUUCCAAAAAUAUUAGUUAUAAUCCCAAGAAAUAAGUAUUGCAUAGCUAAUAGUAAGAGUUCCAUCCCUGGGGGCAGCUAGGGGACAGUGGAUAGAGCCCUGAAAUCAGGAGGACUUGAGUUUAAAUCUGGCCUCAGACACUUCCCAGCUGUGUCACCUUGGGAAGUCACUUAACCACAAUUGCCUCUGCAAAAAAAAAAAAAACAAAAGCCAACAAUGGGAACAUGCAUGCACUGUAUACUUACUUCUGAAAGAAUAUUGAGGGUUUGAGCAACAUGGUUUGUUGGGAGGAUUAUUACUAAGAUUUCAGCUUUCUGUGAUGGUGUAGUCAUUUUGUAUGGCAUUACAUUAAAUAAUAUUCUGAUUGCCCUGAAAUAAAGCCAUCCAUGAAUGCAGUAAGUAUAGAAUCAAUAGGAUAGUUGUUUAUUAUCUUUGGGAAUAUUUUUUCAUUGAUUUUUUUUUUCACAAAAGGUGAGUACUUUUGUAGAGGGUUUAUGAUUAUCUUACCAUUGUAAGUAAAAAUUACACCUUGUAGUCACUCCAUUCUGAAAUAUUCAAGACCUUAUUUUAGAUUUUGUAUAUGGUUGAUGUCUGAUUAACAAGGAGAGCUGAGUUGGAGUUGUUUGUUGAAUGUAUUCAUUAGAUAUACUAUCAUUGUAGAAUAUGGCAUAAGAGUUACAGGAGAGUUUUAAUGAAGGAUCUCCUUAUAAAGUAGAGAAUAAAUGGGAAAGUUGAUGUAGCAUGAUCUGUAGCAUGAGUCAAAGUCAAUAUCACCUAACAAUUUUUGAAAAUCAUGAAGAUUUUGUAAUGGAUCUCUUGUCUCAAGUUUAUGGGAUUAGAUGAUUUGAAAAUCCAUGAGACAGCCAAGAUGUAAAAAAUAGGAUUGUCUCUAAAUUUUUUCAGGAGUCAUUACCAAACCUCAUGAAUAUAGUCUUGUUCUAAAUCAUGUAUUAAGAAAUUGAGAUUGUUUACAUCUUUACUGCUAUAUAAAAUAUGAUCUUUAUAGUGAAUUAUCUUGGAAGUUGGAUAUUUCAGUCUUACUAAUGAAAUAGCAUAUUGAAUAUAGUGCUAAUUAAUUAAAACAAUAUAGAAGAAGGGGUUUCAUGGGGGACUUCAGGGAAAUCAGUGUGAGCCUGAAGGACAAUCAGUGUAAAUAUGGAGUCAGGAGAUGGAGUGUCCUGGUCAAAGAAUCAAAAAGGGUCUUGUUCCAGUGGUUGCUGCACAUGUGGAGGGGAAGUAAGGUGAAAGAAGACUGAGGAGGUGGGAGACGGACAGAUGAUGAAGGGCUUUAAAAGUCAAGUAGAGUAUUCUGUUUGAUCCUGGUGAUAAGGAAAGUUUAUUGAAUUGUCCGUGACAGGAAGAGAAGUCUUUUAGAGAGAUGAAUUUGACAGUUGGGUGGAGGACAGUCAAUGGGGAUGACUUAAAAUGGGGAGGUCAUCCAGAAUUCUGUUUUGCCUUGUAUAUGAGGUGAUUGGGCAUAAAGUUGAGAAAUAAGUGGGUGCAUGUGAGAUACCAAAAGACAGAAUCAAUAGGAUUGAAGUGGGAGUGGGGUGGGGUAUGGAUAUGUGAGAGAUGAUGAAGUGUACAUGGUAUCUAGGUUAUGAGAUAGGACAAUUGGGAGGGUAUCCUGGCUAAUAGUAGGAAAGUAAAAAUAAGAAUUUUUUUUUGGGGGGGGGAGAAAUAGUGAAUUUUGUUUUGAACUUCAUUUUGAGAGAAAAACCAGGAGAAAAUAUUGUCAAAAAAGCUAGAAAGAAGAGCCAGUCGAGGUAAAGGGGAUAACUGGCAAUAGGGAAGGAGCCAAUAGACAAGAAAAGAAUGAAAAUUGAAGAAAACCAUGGAGAUGAUACAAGAAGGAAUAUAUGUGGUGAAGAGACAGAUUGGGAUCAUUUAUACAUAUAAUAGGACAUGCCUAUUAUACAAGAAGAGCCACCUCUUAAUAAAAGACUAAUUGUACUGCAAGGGGAAAAAAAAGCAUUUGAUGAGAGAUGAGGAAGAAAUAAGAGAAUUCUUGGGAAUGGUCCAAUUUCUUUAUGAAGUGACAUGCUCAGCUGAAUGAGUGGUGAAAAGCAAACCAAGAGCUUUAGAAGGAAUGAAAAGAUGUGGAAAAGCUUCUGUGGUGAGUGGAAUAGGGAGUCAAAAGAUUGCCUUGCCACAGUGAAAGCCCACUUGAUAUUAUGUUGCUUAAAUUUGUAGUGGAUGCAAACAGCCCAAUUUCAUGAUUUUCUCUGUCAAUAUUCAGCACCAUGUGGGUAAGAUAGGGACCACUUUUUUCUUUUCUUAUUGCCAAAGCCAAGCAAUAGUAAUGGUGAUGGUGGGCAACCUUAUUUUAC